UGUAGCCAGAAUCAUCCCAAAUUGCCCAAACUAAGUGGUUUUCAACUCUCCGAAGUCUCAAGUCGCCGUCUUUUAUCACCUACUUCUUAUCUUCCUGCCCCACCCAACCCCCUUUUUCAACCCCACCCCCAUCAAAAUAAACAAAUCUGAUUUUCUUUCCCCACCUCGAAACUCCCUUCAAAUCCAAAGCCGCGUUCAUACCAUUCACACACGUUUUCUUGAAAAUCCUUCCGAAAAAGCCUCAUUUUCUUCAUUAAUUAAUUCCGUCUACAUAUUAUACUGGUCCCAUCUUUCAACACUUUCUUUCUUGUAUAUUCUAAAGUCUCUAUGCGUUCACACACAUUUUGUCAAACAGUUUACUUGCAUCCCCUUUUGGCCAUAUAUGAAGCAACAUCAACUCCCUUCUUUGAUCCUUCCCAGAAAAUUCUAGAUUUUCCCAUUCCUAUAUCCGUAAAUUCCUCCAGAAAACAAUUGUUCAAAUGAAUGACAACUUACCCAAUAAACGCCGUAGAAGAAGGAAAGAAGCCGUUCAAGAAGCACCAAGUAAUCAGUACAGCACCAGCGUCGGCGAAACUGAUGAAUUUGGGGUGGAAAAUCAAGGUGCUGUAAAAACCAAAGAACUGAAAGAGAUAAUAACCUCCUUGUUGUUACUUGAAGAACAAGAAAAAUCCGAACAAGAGGAAUUUGCAAAGGAAGAAGAAGAGAAUAAACUCUUAUUCGACGCAAAUCACAAGAAAACAACUAAAGUGAUGUGGGAUUAUUAUUCAAACGUUCAACAACAUCAUUCCGAUUUACAACAGCUAGAUGGUGUUCGUAAACGGAAAGUCCGAGGGAAUUCUACUGCUGCUUCUGCUGCUGCUUGUGCCCUUGCUUCUGCUGCUGUGGCAGAGGAAGAAAUCAUUUCGACUAAUAAAACCAGCGAAAAGGGUGCUCCCCAAAGGCGGUUGUGGGUGAAGAAUAGAUCAAAAGCUUGGUGGGAUCAAUGUAACAGUGCUGAUUUCCCUGAAGAGGAGUUCAAGAAAGCUUUUCGAAUGGGAAAAGAUACAUUUGAACUAAUAUGUAAUGAAUUGAGUUCUGUGGUUGCCAAAGAGAAUACAAUGCUAAGAGAUGCUGUACCUGUAAAACAGCGUGUAGCUGUUUGUAUAUGGAGACUGGCUACUGGAGAGCCCCUUAGAUUGGUCUCAAAGAGGUUUGGAUUGGGGAUUUCGACUUGCCAUAAGCUUGUGCUUGAGGUUUGUACCGCGAUUAGGACUGUGUUGAUGCCCAAGUAUCUUCAAUGGCCUGAUGAAGAGAAAAUGCAGAAUAUAAAGGAUGAGUAUGAGGCUAUUUCAGGGAUCCCCAAUGUUGUGGGAUCAAUGUAUACAACUCAUAUACCUAUAAUUGCUCCUAAAAUUAGUGUUGCUGCUUAUUUUAAUAAGAGGCAUACCGAGAGGAACCAGAAAACAUCUUAUUCGAUUACUGUCCAAGGUGUGGUUGAUCCAAAUGGGGUGUUUACUGACGUGUGUAUUGGAUGGCCUGGUUCGAUGCCUGAUGAUCAGGUACUGGAGAAAUCUGCCCUAUUCCAGAGGGCGAAUACAGGGUUACUGAAUGGUGUUUGGAUUGUUGGCAGUUCUGGAUACCCUUUGAUGGAUUGGGUUUUAGUGCCCUAUACACAGCAUAAUCUGACUUGGACUCAACACGCUUUUAAUGAGAAGAUUGGUGAGGUUCAGAGUGUCGCAAAGGAGGCGUUUGUGAGGUUGAAAAGGAGAUGGUCUUGUUUGCAGAAAAGAACAGAGGUGAAACUUCAAGAUUUGCCCGUGGUGCUAGGGGCGUGCUGCGUGUUGCAUAAUAUAUGCCAGAUGCGGAACGAGGAAAUGGAUCCGGACCUCAAUUUUGAGCUCAUCGAUGAUGAAAUGGUUCCUGAGAUUCAAUUGAGAUCAAGCAAUGCUAAGCUUGCAAGGGAUGCCAUUGCUCAUAAUCUUCUGCACCAUAACCAUGCUGGUACUUCUUUCCUUCCAUGAAAGGCGUUAACUUUGACGUCUUCUCGAUUCAUGUAAUUCUUUCAAGUUUAUUGUAUUUUACAUUCGCUUUUCUUACAGUUGUAUUUAAUCUUUGCAUUAAAGUUAGUCAAGGGAAUAGUCUAAUCUUCCCUUUGUGCAAACUGAUGAACAUGUUGUUUUCUAGGCCAUAGCAGACACUGCAAUUGCAGACAAACAUUGUAGUAUUUCAUACUUGAAUUAGCGAUUGAUAGAAGAAAUUGACUUGACAAAAACAUAAGUUCUUUUAGUUUUA